AUGGACGAACAUGAGCUGGAACAACAGAGCGAUGAACAAGAGGUGCUAGUCGCCGACCAGACGCCCACUAAAGAGCAGCGUAAAGCCGCACGACGCUUCGAGAAAUUUGAGAGAAGAGCGAUAAGAAACCGCAUAGCCCAUCUCGACCAUGUGCUUGCACGCGCAAGAGAGAACGCAUACAAGGCACAUUACCGCGCGGCUGAACUGAGCGCAAAAGUCGAGGAAGAACGGCCAUCCCUAAUCGAGGCCUUGCUUCCAUACGAAAGGCGCAAAGCAGCAAGAUCGAAACAAAGAGCCCGAAAACAGCACACAAUAUUCCUUGACCGGUUCUUCCGCCUGCCGAGAGAGAUCCGCGACCUGAUAUACCACCACGCCUGGAGCGUUCACUUGGUCUCCGCGGGCUGA